UACGAAAGCUAGGUAUAAAAAGCCCCAAAUUUUUCUGCGCUCAGAAAAAAGCUUCCGAAGCUCAACGUUCACAGAGAGAGAGAGAGAGAGCACGACACUCAGACCCCCCAACAAUCUCCUCUACAGCGUCGCCACCAAAAUCCAUCGAAGAAAAUGGCGACGUUUGAGCUCUACAGGAGGUCAACGAUCGGAAUGUGCCUGACUGAGACUUUGGACGAGAUGGUUCAGAACGGGACUCUCAGUCCUGAGCUUGCCAUUCAGGUUCUGGUCCAGUUCGAUAAGUCUAUGACUGAAGCUCUGGAAACCCAAGUGAAGAGCAAGGUCUCCAUCAAGGGACAUCUGCACACCUACAGAUUCUGCGACAAUGUUUGGACCUUUAUCUUACAGGAUGCUGUGUUUAAGAAUGAGGAUAGUCCGGAAACUGUUGGCCGCGUUAAAAUAGUGGCAUGCGACUCAAAGCUGCUCUCACAAUGAGAUAUCAGACUGUUGGUGGUAUGCUAAAUAAGGACUUUGCAAUCUGUUGUACUGGAGGGUGAGGAAGAAUAUAGCAGUUAGUCUGGUUACUUGCAGGAACUGGAAACUGUAGGAGACACAUAAGUUAUAAAGCCCUCUACGUUGACAGCUGUAGUUAUUUGAUGUUGUUAUAUUGAGGAUGGUGUGUGCUUGUUCUAUUGUUCUCUUGAGAAGAUGAAACGGACUGGAGAUCAAAUAGUUCUACAUUUGUAUUAUGGACAGUAUUAUUAUGCUGUAUACAUUAGCAUUGAGAUGUUUGAUGUUUUAUUUGUAUUGCA